AUCAUGUAUUCCUAAUGUAUAAUAUACAUAAUGAACACAAUCUUGGAACCUAUUUAAAACUUUUCAAAAUAUAAAAGCUAAACAGACAAUAAUCACAAACACUCUUCAAUGUCAAGCUUCACACUAGAAUCCCGAAACCCGAUAAAGCACCUCCAUCUAUACUAACGAGACACUAGUUUACUAAAAUUGAAGAAACGUAACAUCUUUUGGUAACAUUGAGACAUUGUCCUUAUCGCCUCAACGUUGUAUCGAUAUUCAAUAUAUAUGCACCUCUCGUGAAUCGAAGAAAUGGAACCAUAGAUCUUUUACAUAGGGCGUUAACGUUAUGCCUUACGGAUGACCGUCGAUGUUCCAAAAAUAAAAUUAAAAAGAAGAAAAAAAACUAGAAACAUGGAAGUGUGAAAGAACAAGAACCUACCAAAGGAAGCCAGAGUAAUUCCUUCUCUAAUUCACAUCCCUCCCGUCUAGUUAUGUGAAUUGCGGUGUAAAGGGCGAUAGGACCCCUAAUAUUCCGGGAAGGGAGGUUAGUGAUCGUUGGUUAACAAACGCCACGGCUUUAAUUCUUUUCUUAUUCUAUGAUCAUGAUGAACACCCAAAACUGAAACUGGCCGGAAUCCACCCUGCACCUGCUUGCUCUGUAACGAAGCCAUUGUCGAGUGGAAGAAGAGACGCGGCGGCGGAAAUGGAAGGACUGGAAGGCCUCAUAGACAGGCUAAUGGAAGGAAGGAAGAACAAAGGCAAGAAGAUUCAGCUAAUCGAACCAGAAAUCCGGCAGCUCUGUACCACCGUCAAGCAAGUCUUCCUCAGCCAGCCCAACCUCUUACAAUUGGGAGCUCCGAUCAACGUUUGUGGUGAUAUCCAUGGCCAAUACCCGGAUCUUCUCCGGCUGUUUGAGAUGGGCGGGUUUCCACCGGAGGCCAGCUACCUGUUCCUCGGAGACUAUGUGGACAGAGGAAAACAGAGCAUCGAAACCAUAACCCUUCUCUUCGCGUACAAAAUCAAAUUCCCGGACAAAUUUUUCCUGCUCAGAGGCAACCACGAAUGCGCUUCGAUCAACCGGAUCUACGGAUUUUACGACGAAUGCAAACGGCGAUUCAGCGUCCGGCUAUGGAAAAUCUUCACAGAUUGCUUCAAUUGCUUGCCGGUAGCGGCGGUGAUAGACGACAAGAUCCUCUGUAUGCACGGCGGACUUUCCCCGGAAAUGCAGAGCUUAGAGGAGGUGGGAGAUAUAGAGAGACCUAUCGACGUGCCAGACCAGGGGCUUCUCUGCGAUCUUCUAUGGGCGGAUCCCGACAGAGAAAUCAGAGGUUGGGGCGAGAAUGAUCGGGGAGUUUCCUUCACGUUCGGCGCCGAUAAGGUCACCGAUUUCUUGAAGAAACACGAUCUCGACCUAAUUUGCCGCGCUCAUCAGGUCCCUCUUUGCUUUGAUUUCGUCUUCAUUGAAACCCUAAUUUUCGAAUUGCUAACUGAUUUCGCGCAGGUGGUUGAGGAUGGGUAUGAGUUUUUUGCAGACAGGCAAUUGGUAACGAUAUUUUCGGCGCCGAAUUAUUGCGGGGAGUUCGAUAACGCCGGAGCUUUCAUGACCGUCGACUCCAGCUUGCUAUGCUCGUUUCAAAUCAUUAAGCCCUCCAAAUGAUGAACCGAGCCAGUAGUUCAUGAGUUUUUUCCUUUUUUUUCUUUCCGAAAACAGCCCAAUUACUCGAUUUGAUCCGAUCCGAUCCAAAUCCAAUCCCGGGAUUUGUAUAUAGCCACGGACUUCGACUCUGGGAUGUAUAUACAUGGAACCCUGCAAUUAAUAAAACUAGAACACAGACAGUCAGAUUAAUUAAA